CCCUCCCUUUUUGCUCCUCUUCACUCUCUGUUGCGCGCGGGGGAGCUCAGUCAGAUGGAGACUCCGGAAAGUCGCUCAUUUCCGCGACAAAACCCAGCCGGCGUCUGUCAACAUGAACAAGGUCGAUGCUGAGGAGACGUACGCGUUGAACUCAGCCAACAAUUCACACAGACACCUGUCGCCUUACUUUGUUCAUCGCCUUGAUUGGUGGUCACCAUGGCUCGUGAGCGGCUGUAAAAGAGGCGCGUGGAUUAAACCGACCCAAGUCCGCGUGAGUAUCUUGGUUGAAAAUUAGUGGUCUAUCAGUUCAAGAUUUGACAGAAAAUGAGAUAUGGAAAGAGUUUUUGGUGUAAAAGGAGGUUAUUUUCCGUGCGCAUCUUGUUUGGUUCGUUAUUCUGACACUAAAAAUGUUCGGAGUUUUGUAAUUAUUUCACCUCAUCGAGUUUUGUUAUGUAAACUACUAUCUUGAAGGAAACUGUUUUUUAUCUGUUGACUAAGACGUGAUACAAAUUUCCCUUUGGAGGACAGUAAUAACAUCCAGUUGAAGGCCAAGUAAAACCCAAUACUAUUACAAGGACGCUUCAAUUCUUUUAAAUAUUGCAUAAAAAGUGUCAAAUUGAUAUUAUGCCCAAAAUGAGCGAAUGAGUUUCCCCUAAUCCAUACAAUCGCCCCUGAAGACUGUUUCUGGUUGUGUUUUCUUCUGCACUGAACAGCUGCAGAAUAUUUCAGUGUCAUGUCUCAGGGGUGUAAAAGACUCUUGGUCUUCCAAAACCCCAAACAUUACUCUGUAAGGAGGCAAAGAUGAACUUAUGCAAAUAUUUGUAGCUCUUUAUAAUCUCCCAUGCUACGCUUAUCUUGGGAUUUGCCUAUCCUUCUUAUUUACUGUACCAUUAAAACCGAGGGUGUGCUGUAUUCAUCACCUUAUAAUUCAGUGUUCCCUUUACCAAUUCCUACCAUGGUGCUCUUGUGGUUUCACCACACAGAAAAGCUAUAAGUGUGUCCAGCUCAUUGUUGAGAUCGAUAAAAAGCAGUUAAUGGGAUCUGCUGAUGCGCUGGUUAGCAUUUUUACAAUACCAGUAGGCCUAUCAGAAAUAUCACUGAUUGUUCCUAAUUAUGUAUGAGGGAUUGGCAAGUACACCAUUUUAUACCACUAUUCAAUAUCGUAAUAAAUUAGCAGCAAAUACUUCUGUAUUAUGUCUUGGAAACAGCAGCCUAAUCAGUAAUAAUAUGAAAAAAGCCAUCAUUAGCCACUAUUCAACAAGAAAAGAUAAAUAUAUUUAAAACAGAUUUUAGUCAAAUUUUCACGUGACCAUUGCAAACAAAAAGUGAAUGUUAGCUGAAUUGUUUUGUUAGCGUACAGGUGCCAAUGCUAAUGAAACUGUACAUGUACAUCUACAAUUAGGUCAAGCUAAGGUUUUACUGCAACUAUGAGAUUUAACUGGACCAGGUGAGAAUCAAUUUAUUGGCAAAAGUAAGGCUUCCCCUUGUAAAAGGCCUGAUUAGCUUAUUUUGACAUUACCAAAACAACUAAUAAACAUGUUAGCAAGAGGCUAGUGGGUUAAUUUUCAAAAGUUAAAACCACAGACAACUUUACAGCAUUUUCUUUUUUCUGUCUUAUCUUUGAUCAUGUCUCUUUUACAGUCAUCUUUCUACAAUAAAUGUAUACCUUUUGAACUUCCAUGAUAAAGCCUAACAUGCAAACUAUGUUACAUGCGCAGAAUGCUUCGACUGGUUUGAGUCUGAUUGAAGUGAAUACAUGAGAGAGACAAGUUAGUCACACUAACAGAAAUUCGUUUGUAAAAGUGUGAUUUCAUUCAGACUAAUGUGUAUUUAUUCUUUGAAAAAUCAAUUUUUAUUAAACUUAUACAAUGGAUUUUCUAACAACAAUUAAAUGUGCCGAAUAAAUGCUCUGUAGUUACAUGUUGCAGUGUUGAUUGCCUCAAAGGGGGUCGGCAUUUAUAGGCAUACUCAACACUGGCCAAGAACUAGUUAAGGUAUCGACUGGUAUCAGGAAGGAACAAAUCGUAACCGGACAUCUUUAGUGGGAGAUGAUUGUGCACUCGCUUUUUUCUGUUUGACAUUUAGUUCCUUCUGUCUCCAUGUUGAUGUAAAAGAAAGACUGCUGCUCUGCUCACAGUGCAGAGUGGAAGUCUUGACAGGUAGGCAGAUGACCUUUGGACAUACCCACUUCAGUGCACAUUGCAGUUGUUAAUCACUGAGGGUGUAUCUCAUUGAUAAUUGAGUAGAAAGAGAACCCCUAACCCUAAUCCUGGGUAGAGAGAGAGGGAAUUGAGGACAAAGUUGGAGCGCCUUUCCACAAAUUGUAAGAUAAGAUAAGAGAAGAAGAAUUUUAUUUAUCCCCAAAGGGAAAUUGAAUAAAUUGCGGCUCUGUACACACCCAAACCAAACCUUACUUGCUGGUACACCCAGCCCUGCAGUCUGUCUAGUCAACGGCACAGGAAGGUUUUGGGUUGCCCCCCUGAGUUAGUGGAAGAAAUGUGUGUAGCCGCUAAGAUGUCAGAGCCAUGCUUCUUUUGGCGAAGAGUGAUAUUGGGAGUCUUAGGUAAUGCUGAAAGUAUGAGAAGGGAGAGGGAAAGUGAGAGAGUUGUACCAUAUCAGAUUGUUUAGACUGGACUGUGGGGGUCAAACACAAAUGGGAGAAAAGGAUUCUGUAACAGAGCACAUUAGGAAUGUGGGAGGAUCUCAUGAUCCUUAAGUGGUCCAGCAACAGCUCCGACUUUCUAUUUCAAGCACUGGAGGCUUUAAGCUUGAGAUGACAGUAAUUCUACAGAAUGCACGAUUGGUUCCAUAUUAUUUCAUACGAGUAGUCUGUUCUGAAAUGGGUGAUUCACUGUUGUCAAACUUUAUCUGCGUCACUCACUUGUUCUACUUUCACUUUCCUGCUGAGUAGUUUUCCAGAUCAGAUGUUUUUCAUUGUAAUUUUUGAUAAGUGUAGUUUCAACACCCUCCUGUUCUUUAGAUGUGCUAGAGUUUUAGUAAAAUUUGCAAGUAUCACACAGACAGAAACUUAUGUAAUAUGUAAAUUACUAAUUAAAUUGAUUUAUUCUGCUAUUGUAGACCAGCACUCUGGCACAAUGACUAAAUAACACAUAUUGCAAAUUAAAUCUGUUGACUUUGACAAAGACAUAAUGUUAGAGUCAAUCUCUCUGAAUUUUUAUCUCAAAAUAACUAAAACCAACCAAAAAGUUCAUGCAGUGCAGCCAAAAAAAUUGGAUUGACAAAGCCCCAUACAUGCUGUGUAGCCCUGAAUCACAUCCAGUUUUGGUCUACAGCCAAGACAAACAUUUAUCCUGAUGAACAAAAGCAUUUUAAUCUAGGCAGUACUCACAGUCAAAAGUAGGUUUAGAAAUCAUGAGUGAUCCACACAGUGAAUUUAUCAUGAUUUUGCCACGCAGUCAUUUAAAAAAAAAAAAAAACAGUAACAAAGAUUAAAAAUCUUGAGUGAUAUGUUUCCAAAAGCAUCGGCUUAGUUCUACCUCUUAAGCUCUCUUAAAUCCAUAUAGAGUGUGUGAGAAGCUUUUGGCUCUUAAGAGCUGCUAUUUACAUGAACAAGCCGCGAUGUGUUGUGUGGCAGUAUUUUGUGUGUGCAAAUAGGAUUUACUAUACCAGGUCGUCACACACAAAAUCAAAAGCAGUGGCAGUUGAACAGCUCUGACAGGAUCUAUCUGUAAGAAGGUUUUGUCAGUGUAUUUGGCAGCUAAAUGUACUCCUGGUUCAAAGAGGAGAAGUGUCAGGUAGGAGGAGAAGACACUUUUGCUUAUUUGUUAAUCAUUAGUAAGGUUAAUAACUGCACAAGAGCAUGACAAGGCAGGUGCCCUUUGGCGUUUACUUACUGGUACUGAUGCCUUAUUUUUCCUGAAAAAAAUGAAGACAAUCAAGGACAGUUUUGAUUUAACCAUUCAGUUCUUUUUAAUGCCUGUAGUUGCCGUCACUGUGUAGGUGUCAUAUUUAGUGAGUUUCAGUGCUUUCCAAGGCAAAGACUAACACCGUUUGUUGUAAGAAGAAAGCAGGAUGGAAUUUAUCCUUCAGGAAACUCUGACAUAUGUUAUGGAAAACAUAAGCAAAGAGAGUAGGGGUACAGCUUUGUCCUCAGGGAACAUACACUGAAAGUUUUUGACAGGGGCUUUAAUGUGCAGGAAUAGUCUUCAAGCUUAGCUAGGGAGGGACUCAAAUGUGCAAACUCUUGGUAAGUGUGAGGGACAUUUUAUAUUGAAUGUGUGGCUGUUGUUGAAUGGGAUGGAGUGCUGUCCUGUCCUCUGACUAAAGCAUUGCAGUGUGCUGACUGAUGCCUGAAUCAAUCUGUGACUCAAUGUUUUUAGGAACUCAAACUCCAGUUUUACUUCCUCAGAAUCCAAAAGAAAAAAUACUCUGAAUAAGAUUGCAAAAGCGCUGUUUGAAGAUCUCUCCAAUAUUCAAAACUCCUGUUUCUUGUCCUGUCAGGUUUUUGUGCCCCAUUCCAGAUGCCAUUAAUCAUUAUAAUUAAUCAGGCUGAGUAAACAAAGGCCAAAACCUUGAAAAUAAGACCCACAUUUCACAAGAUUAAACACUCCUUUAUGUGACAAACGCUGCUCCACCUACUUGGGCUGAACUCAGAUCUACCUUUUGUCUUCAGGACCCCCAUUUUCUUCCUCCCCACACUCCAUAAACAGUAGGACAGACAUUUCAGAUGUUCUCUGCUUGUUAUUAAUGUCACAUUGGUUUUAAAGUGCUGCUUAAGCAAACAACCUGCUGCUAUUAGAAAAAACAUAUGCAUGCAAAUGUAUACACUUACAUGCACGGGCAAACACUUGGUUGAGCUGAGGACCACAGCUGCACUCCAGAUGUCAAGGUGGACUGCGGUGACUUGCCUGAUUGAGUCACACACUGUUAAAGUAGAGCUUUAACAGUUAGCGUGCUUUCCGCAGAGCACGUCUGUGUUGUUUAGACUGUACUAUUUCUUCAGUGGCCUGCUUGUUUAACAGAUGUAGGAGUCAGAUUCCUGCGAAGGCAAACAUCAUUCUUCAGUGACGGCAAAUCAAGCAGCUCAUCUCAUUCUCUUAGAGGAUAGUAGAAAGCAAUAGGGGGACUAAUUCAUAACGCAGAGAGUGAUAAAGUCCGCUUCCUGAGAUAUGUGUGUCCUCAGGAAGCUGUUAGAUUUCCUGUCAAGGAUUUAUCUGCAAUCUGCCUGUGAAAAAAAAAAAAACAGAAAAAUGAAAAAAAAAAAAAAAAGAAUAUCUCUGGGUACCUCUCAGCGGGGAGUAUUUGUUGUUGUCUGUCCUUCAAAUUGCUUGACUUUUGAUUUUUUUCUCGUUCCUUACAAGAAGAGAAAGUGUUAUUAUUUCUACAGUUUGGUAUGCCAUCCGUCUUUGUGCGACUCCCCCCUGUCAACAGGGAGGCUGGCCUAUUUCCUUUUGUGGCAUUGGUUUUUGUUGUGCCUCCCAUUUCUCAGCACUGGGAUUAAGCCAAGUCCUGGCCACAAAGUGUACUGUGCAAAGUCAGGAUAUGCUUACACAGUUCUGAACAUGAAGACAUGAUUAAAACACGUUGUAAAAGGGGCCAGAUCAAAUGUGCGCCCUAAGUUCAGGCUCUGGAACUGAUUGUGUCUUCUCUGAAAGUGAUUUCAGGGUGUUAGUCCUACUGGGAAAGCAAUUUCAUGGUAGUAUUUAUAGUUUUUUACAGUAAUCAGGGUUAUACAUACAGCAUGCAUCAUUUGGUCUCUGAAAGAGUUCGGCAGGGAGGCAGAUUUUCCCUCGCUGUUUAGUUGAUAUCCUGGUAUCUGCAGCACAGAUUGAGUCAUGGCUGAUUGGCAUCAUUAUCUCACAAAUAAUAAGUGGAAGGCAUAAAUUAGGAGGCGUGCAACAGGGAGGCAGUGUGUAAGGAGCAUGUCUUUAUCACCUUAAAGAGAAUUUCAGCGAAUGAACCAAACUGAUGAAUACAUGCCAAUGUAAAAACUGAGAUUUGAGAGCAAAUGCAAUCAAGUUUUUAUUUAUGGUUAUGAUGCUCUCUGUCCGAAUUAGGUAGGACAGGACACAGGCAAGAAGUUUGGUCGCACUGAUUGUUUCUCUGUAUUUAAAAGGUUUAAUUCCAAAUUUGACACACAGCUGUUGUAUUUGCACAGCUGGGUCCAAUUAAAAAUAAUGAGCCUCAUGGUUUGUCUAUGUAACAGCCACAAGCUACUGAUAUGAUUAUCACAGCCGAACAUAUUGUCGGUUCGCAGAUGAUUCAUCCUAAUGACUUUUGCAAUCUAGUGACUUUACCAGAAGCGCCCCAUACACUUCCACAUUUUAGACUGAAAUAUCAGGACAACUACAGGUUACAACAUUCUGGUCUCCUGAGGACAAACUGUAUUCCCUUCAACUGCCUUACAAUAUUUAAACACCAUCACAAGGUGCAACACCAAAUUUUGAGACAUUCUUAUCAUUCUUAGGUUUAUGGUCAUCAUCAGAUAUUAGCAUUUCAGAGGAUUAAGCUAUGUAAUUAUGAUAAGACUUAUAUGAUCAAGCAAUACAGAAUUCUUGCACUGUCCUUUUGACAAUGCUAUCACAGUCAUGUUAACAUUAGCCUCAAUUUACACUUAACUGUCUCACAGGGCUGCUAGCAUAGCUGAAGGUUUCUAUUCAAAAGUUCAAAAAAGUCUUCCACAAACGAUACGAUGCGAUAUGAUACGUUACGGUAUGAUACGUUACGAUAUGAUAUGUUAAAAUAUGAUACGUUAUGAUAUGAUACAUUAUGAUACGAUACAAUGCGGUACAAUGCAAUAUGAUACGAUACGAUAUGGUAUUGGUUGACUGAAAAUUUGGUCCAGUUAGCAUUAUGGUUUCUGUGAUCUAAAGACGUUAAACUUUGCCUCAGAAACAAAUACAUAAUGUCACUGAGAUGUGACCACUAUCACUUGAUCACAUUUCACGUUAAGAAAAAGAGAAAAAUCUUGGCGGUUCACCACACUGUGAUAAGGGGUUGUGUAAUACAACUUCUUCUACAAAAUAUAUUUAUAAUCUUAUUUCAUUAUCACAGAAAAGUUGCACCAAAUAGUUAUUUUUAAAAUAAAUAUUAACCAAGCGCAUAUUUUCUUAUGUUUUUCUUGUGCAACUUGACAUUCACUUGAUCAGUUUUCCAGCUAGUGGGAGAAUGUUGAUAUAUCUGACCAUUUCAUUUACAAGUGCCAUCUAAAAGUCACCUAAAAGCUGAGAAAAUAAUUGAUAUUAAUUAUCUUGAUCCUCUUAAGGUAUUUAUUAAGUGUCCUUUCAUUGAAGGGAUUUACACAGAUUAUUUCAGGAAUCAAAGUUAGUGCUUUAAGGAAAAUUCCACUCUUGUGUGGCUAUUAAAAUGGUUAAGAACUCUAGUCAUUUCUGAACAUCAUGGACAGAAGCACAGUUACAUGAGAAGUAAACAUAUAAGUGGACAUUUUGCACUGUCUUGCAUUUAAACAUAAUGUUGUUGGGAGACACUGCUGCAAUACUGAUUACUGGUAAUUUGUUGAAUUCACCUUUGAACGGUUUUAUUGGGUUAAUUCUGUUAUCAUGUCCCAAUCACGUCUGAUUGCACUAUCUGCUCUGAUGUGUAAAGAGGAAGACUUAUUUUGAAAUACUUUGGCAGUUAAUUUCAAUAACAUCUUAUGCAAGCUUGUACUUCACUCAGUUUGCACGAUGUCAAGGGAUAAGUUGGAUGAAGGAUUCUGGAGAGACUGGGCAUAGUAAGUUCACUUUGAGUUUUUGGUUGUGCUAAAAAGGUAUAAAACCACAGCUUAAGUAUGUGAAUAAUAGAGAAGUGAGGAUUAACAAUCCUUGUUAUUGAGGCAAGAGAAGUCGAUUUUUAAUCAUGAAAACUGAAUGUGAAGAGAACAGCAGCUCCUGGAAGGAAUCAAAUCAAACUCAAUCAGCCUGGCUAGAUUCAAAAAAUUUCACAGCAGUCUGAAAAUUAUUUCAAGUUGAUAUUUUGACCUGCAUUUGAGGAAAGAGGAGUACGCAGUGAAGGAAAUGGAAAAAGUUUUUUUUUUUUUUUCCUGUGGGAGCAUAGCAGUGCUCUCUGAACUCCAUGGCUGUCUGCCAUUUAAUUUCAGCGUAUCUGCACAAACAGGGAAUAUUGGCCUGAUAGUGGCACUGUAAUGGAAAGGUCAGGGGCUUAGCAAACAGAUCAGGACUAAUUGUCUAGAGACCAAUUCAUCAAAAUCCAGCUAGCAGAUAUUGAUUUGUGUUGAUUUGGUGCCAAGUGUUUGACGGACUGAACAACUGUCUGGUCAACAUGACCAUCAUUAGGUUCCUUCAUUGGCCAGAUCUGAAACCUCUGCAGAGAAGGCAAGCAAAUGUGUGCACAUGAGAAUAACUCUAGGAGGUUAGGAAAUGUUAAAGACACUGAUAGUAAUAUCACAGCUGGCUCUGAAUGAAGUAUCUACACAGCUGUAUGAUGGAUUGCCAAGACACGUGAUCUGUUGUAGUCAUGCCUCUUACUACUGGCCUUCACUCUUGAGACCUCCAAACAAUGAUGUUUGUGUUUGUACAAGUACCUCAUUUUCAUCUGCAAAGAUAAGCACAAAAUUUUGCACACGAUGGACUUUUUUAUGUCAUUAUUCUCGUGCAACCAUCAAGUCAAAAUUCUACUUUUAUUGACUUUUUAAUUUUUGAACUGCUCUUAUUGAACUCCUGGCACUGGUGUCUACAGAAUAAAAUGAUGAAGCUGUUACAGUGGCUUGCAUCGAUCAAAAAGGAGUAGUAUAAACUUUUCAGCAGCAGGAUAAUAAGCCAUAGUUGAGAUUAUUUUAGAUACAUAGAGCAUGUGUUUACUAUACUGUGCCAGCUCUUGGGUAGAAAUGACAUCACAGCCCAUCAGUUGAGAAAAAAAAACAAGCUUAAGUCUACAAGAUUCCAGAUAAACACAUCCGCACUGUAAACAACUCCGCACUUACAAUCAACUACAUGAGUAAUUUACCACUCGGGCUCUCACGCUAGACCGGACUUGACAUUCAGGUUUGUAAGACAACAAAAGGGCGUAAUGCAAAGAUUGAUGCUGGUUUUUAUUUUGAGUCAGCAGGAUUUUGAUGAUGUAUUAUCACCUCAGUCAAUCCCACCUGCUGAUUGCUUCCCUGCCCCGGAUCGAUUUUUAAACCAAAGGGGUCUGAAGGCUGUCUUCCUUGCUCUUUCUCACACAGUUUUUCUCAUCUUUGCUGUUUUUACUUCUCCACUUUUUGCUCUACCCUUGACUCUCACUGUCCUCUUUAUCCUCCGUCACAUUUCUAAAUCUCUUUUCUCUCGCAUUCUGAAUUUUGCACGAACUAAGCAUUAAUCUUUAAUGGGGAGAAUAAAUCGCUAGUUACAGAGAUCAGAGGGGAUCACAAUUACUGAGAUUUGUAGAAAUAAAGAUAUGCAGCUUGAAAUAAGAUGAGACAACAGCAUGGUAGUCAUUGAUAUGCUUUUCAAAACACAGCUUGAAAGGGCUUCAGACAUAAACAUCAUUAAAAAGUGUUAGAGAAUAUAAGAACAUGAACAUUUAAGAUGCUUCAAGGUGAGGUGAGGAUUAUUUGCAGAUUAAAAAAAAUGAACACCUGAAACUAUCAAAUCUGCUGGGGUUUGAUCUUAUGAGAUGAGUCAUUUGAAUUUUAAAGAGCCGAAGUCUGUCUGCUGAUAUUUCAUUAAAUUUGUUUAAUAACACCUCUAGAGGGAUCAAAAAUCAGAAGUUUUACCAACAACAAUCUAUCUGUGCUCAUUUUCGUGAAGAAAUUGCAUGAGGCUGCCGUGUGGACUUGGCGUUCACACACUCGGUGAGCCCAUACUGAUGAAAACUUAGAGUGACUAGCUCAAAAUUGGCACACCUGUUACAACAUUUUUAAGGAGAUUGGGUGUGGGCUGCCAAAAAAAACAACAGCUACAACAAACAGCAGGGAGACAGACACACGAGCAUGAUGUGUUAAAAAUCCUGAGAUUGCACAAUCAGUUUCAAAACUCGAGAGGAGAUAGUCCUUCUUUUUUUAAAGGUGUGUUUUUUGAGGUUCUUGUCAACAAUAAAUGUUUUAGCCUCAGGUUAGCUCGGCCCUUUUAGUUGAAAAGCCAGAGUCUGAGAACCUAAACUGAGGCUUGGUUAUCAACAACUGCUGCAGACUGGGUCAGCUCUACUGCGUAAUUUAGCUAAUUUAAAAAAAAGCCCAACCCCAACAUCAAAGUUGGUUCAAGUGUGGGCCCUCUUUUAGAGAAUUUCAACACUUAACUCUGUUGUCAGAUAGCCUAUUCAUUUUGACACUGUUUGCAUACCUUGUUCUGCAUUGGUCAGCAGUGUGGGUUAGACCAAAGUACACCCACACCGAAAAACACAAUGUUGAGUCAGACAGUGAUAACAAGCUGACUUUUUUUUUUUUUUUUGCAGAUUUGAAGUUAAGUUUCUUAUGAUGUGAUGAAGAUACUAACAAAAACAACAUCAAAACUCAUAUCUCCAAGGGUUUUAGUCUUUUGUGUUUCAAGCUACAGAAAAGCAUCAUAGCCUACAUUUGCCACAACGCAAUUUUUCUAAAAGAAUUGGAAAAACAGUUGAAGAUAUGAUACAGUCAUUCCAAUCCCUAAAUUAUGAACACUAAACUUGUCACUAAACACCAAAAUGUCUAAAAUCUGUGGAUUGGUCAGUCUUUAUCUCAUGAUGCUAAUUCCUCCACAGAUAUGUUUACACUUUUGUAUCAGUAGAAAGACUGUUGGUUUACAGUACCUCACUAAACUUGAGUUCAUCCUCUCCCUCAGGCGACUUUCUUCAAUCUUUUCUGAAAACCUCCUUACGCUCUAUCUAUUUCGCAGCAUUCUCCAAUGAUUUAAGAAAGUGCUCUGAGUUACAGCUACACUUUUGCUCAGAGAUAUGCUUUUCUUCAACUUAUGAUGGCAACCUGCCACUUACUUCUGCGAGUGGGUGUACAAUCUUUGCAAUCUGGGUCUCUUCUUUCUUUCUUUCAUUCUUUCUUUGUGAGCAUUGUUUUGAUUACUGUCAUGGAAAACAAAGUAGCUCAAUAACUCUGAAAUUAAAUUACAUUUAUUCAGAUCAUUAUACUCUGGAUUUGUGCUUUUAAUAGUCUGAGUGUGAGCAUGUUUAGUGGCCUCAUGUUUCUGAUGCUUCUCUUUAACAGGCCCCCGACGUGCAGUCAGAACAAACACUGUAAAAUAAGAGAGUGCUCCAUGUAGUUUCCUUACACUGGUUCAGGAUUUCAUUUCCUGCUCCAGUGGGACUGUAUAUCAAACUCCCUGUAACAAAUCAAAAAGAAAUGCUGAGGAAGUGUCAGAGAGUGGGCUUUAAGAACAUUUCACCCUUACAAAUCUGGAGUUUAUGAGCCCUGGACUCGGAAUAAUAAUGACUUUAUUCAUAUUCCUGUUGUGGGAAAGGAAAACAGAGUGCCUGCUCUUGCCACACCGAGUGUCCACCUGUAUCAAUACUCUGCUCAGUUCUCAGUGAAAAACCUUGAUCUUGAAAAUGAUAUUUCCAGGUUAAGAAAACAGAGCUCUCAGUAGGCUUUUCCCUAAAGGGGAUAAUGAUGUGUUUUCUUAGUUUCGAAUUACAGAGAAACUAUUAUUCUGACCUUGAAAGUCUCUUGGUAAGGCUUGUCCUUGCACGUGUUUUAAGGUCCUCAUUAUAAAGUGAGGGCUCUCCAUUGAGCAGACCACACAUACUCUACAGCUGACCGCCAACAUUAUACAGGUGAAAUGCGCUGCUAUAAAGGGUCACGUUAAAAAUUCAUUAAGUGAAGCCCCAGAUGGCCUUAAGAAGCUUCCAAAAAUACCCUGAUAUUAAAAGUGUUCAUACCACCUUUCUUAGAAAUGUGGGAGAUGACUGAAAUACUUCAAAGAGAAAGAAAAAGUUUCUUUUUUGGUGAGAAGAAAAAACAUGUAGCGUGUUAUAACAACUGUUUCUUAUUCACAGGAGGUUCUUCUGAAGUCUGGGGAGCAUGUUGAAGGUAAAUGAUGACCUGCAGAUUGAAAAACCAUGACGACUGCACCCUUCAGGACUCAUAUCCUUGUGUAUGACGCUCUGGAAAAAUAACUUCCUGGCUCCUUUUUUAACAUACAGACUGUGCUUCUAUGUCAGUAUGUCACGAACAGAGUACAAACAUGGGAGCAACACCCAAAUGGACUACAAUUACAUUCACACCUUCCCCAUGGGUCAGAACUACGGGAGAAAGCCUAUCAGGACUUUUUUGGACUUCAGGCACUCAAACCUGCCUGAGACCCUGGAUUUAAAGUUUGCUCCCUGGCUGUUACUACCCAACCUUCGGAGCAUCUCGAAAGUCAAAGUGGUCAGCUUCCUGAUGGGCCUGACGCUGAUGUUCCUCAUCAUGGCUUCAUACAUCCUGACGUGGGACAGGAAAGGACUUUUGUUGACCCCUUCACCCGUUGAACUCAGACCUGUGUUUGUCCCGACCUGCACAGCUGCAGCUCAUGUUUCCUCUGAAAACACUUUAAUAGACAUUAAACUGCUGGUGAAUGUCAUCCGCUCCAAACUGGAAUACACACCCAGGAAAGUGCCGGAUGAAAAGGAUGUCACUGAAACAGACUCCCAUGUAAGAGACAAAAAACAGCAUGACUCAUUUUUCUACAUUAAUAGACCAACCAAAAAAAAUAAGGGCUGCAAUUAUAGUGUUUUCAUCCUAACUAUGACAAAAAUAUGCUUGAAAAAGAUGAUUCAGUCUGCUCUGAAAAAUGUAAAUAAGAGACAUCUAUUAUUGCUUUUCUCUUUGAUGACAUAACUGACUUGUAGGAGGCUGACAAAUAGCAAACACCUCCCUAUCACCCCUGCUGUAAAUGCCUGUUUGCUGAAGUUCAUAAUGACUGCUGUUUGUUGAAGCUGGUAGAGGUGAUGAUGAUUCAACACCAUGUCUUUGGUGUUGUUCAGAUAAUAUCAGGCUAGGUCUCGCUAAGUGUUGCCACAGACCUAUUUACUGCAACUGCUUUUUGCUAAUGUACUAUAUAUACUCCUGUUUUUGCUGUCAUCGUACCCAAUGUAGGUUUUUGGCAUUAAUGUAUAGAGAUCAGCAAUUCUCGUGAUCAUAGCGGUGAAAACACGUGUCAGCAAGGAUAAUAUCCAUUAGUGGUGUGUGUCACUGUUAGAGAUACCUACUGUAAAUGAGCAAAGACUACAUUUGUAGUCCUCAAACCAUUCAAAACACUUUAAACUGCAUGUCCCAACCACUCCUUUGUUUAUCAAUGCCAGGUGUACUUUCUGGUCUAUGUUUUUAGUCUUGGUAGUUGAGUCUGCCAAUGUUUCAACAUGCUUUAGGAUGGGAAAAUAGUGCAAAGAGGGCAUAAGAUAUUCUCUGUGACUAAUCCCAGAACUUACUGGCUAUUGUGUGGCGAGUUUUACUGCUUUUAUUUAUUCCGUUAAACAAGUAUCUGCAUGCUUCACUCUCAGAGGCCAUAUGGCCGUUGGUGUAUGGAUCAUAGCUCCAGAAUGGCAUUCAUGCUUUUACACAUUCAAUCUUUAAUCUUUAUAUAGCAUCUAUUCCCAACUAAUGUUAUCUCAAGAUACUCAAUAAAAAGAGAUGGCCUAGAACACAUUUUUCAUGAUAUUUACUCAUGAAAAUUUAUAUUUAUAUUUACAUUUAAAAUGGAUACAGCAUAGCAUUGCAAUAUUUUGUCUGGUGAUAUAUCGUAUUGUCUCAUUUACCAAGUAUCAGUUUUUUUUCAAAUUAAUUGUUAAUAUGAAGUCAAAUCUAUGAUAAUGGAAAAAUAAAUUCAACUGUUCUUCCAGUGAGGUUGGCAGGAGAAAGUUAGUGCAACAAAUAUAGCAGCUCCUGGGGAAAGACAUGAGGAAUGCAAUCAAUCAGGGCACAAAAAUCGUUAAAUGUUAAAAAUCGCAAUAAUAUUGUAUCGUGGCUCAAGUAUUGUGAUAAUAUCGUAUCAUGGGGCCACUAGUGAUUCCCAUCCCUAGUAUUUACAAAGACCCAACAUAAAGAUGGGAUAAGAUCGAGUCCCAUCUUGUAAGAUCAGAUCCACUUUGAUCCUAAACAUGAGUGUAGCAGAAUUGAGCAAGUUACUGUAGCGAGGAAAGACUUAAUCUUAACUGGCAGAAACCUUGAACACAGUCUGACUCAUGUUAGACAGUGAACUGCUGAGAUGCAUUGGGGUUAGAGACGGGUUAGAGGGAGAUGCAGAAAGAGAGAGAGAUGGGAAGAGAUUAAAAACAGCAACAAUGCCUUUAGAUGCUUUUGAUACUAUUUUAGUGAAUUUGUGAAGUCAGUGUGAAAAUGGCUGCUGUUUCCUGUAAAAAUAGAAACUCAAACUUUCAAUUAGUAGUUACUAGUACAAGUCACAUUGUACCAGGCUGCCAGCGUAUUCAAGUGUUUCUCUCCAAGUGUCUACUGUCUGUAUUGACUCACAUUGUCUCUGUUCUUCUCUGCAGUUGUUCUCAGUAAUUCCUCGUCAUUUCCUGCCUGGCAUCAAGAGCCCUUGCUGGUAUGAAGAGUUCUCAGAUGAACUCGGCACUGAUCCGUACAGGGAAAACCUCUUCACUCUGCGUUCAAAGAGCUUCAAGACUCUCUGUGACCGCUUGAGGGCCAACUUCCUUCAGCAUUUACACCAGAGAGAUGGUAAACUGUUUCGUCUGCGCUGUCUGCCUUUCUUCUACAUCAUCGGCCAACCAAAGUGUGGCACGACCGACUUGUUCCACAGGCUGCUGCUGCAUCCAGAGAUGAAGUUCAACACCAUGAAGGAGCCACACUGGUGGACCAGGAAACGAUUUGGUAAGUCUUCAGGAGAUUGUUUCUGGUUCUCAAACAUUUUACGUUUCAUACUUAGGGGUGGGAGAAAAAAUAGAUACAGCAUAGUAUUGCAGUAUUUUGUAUAGAUUUUUUAAAAUUAAUUGUUUAUAUGAAGUCAAAUCUAUGAUAAUGAAAAAAUAAAAACUGUUUGUCCAGUGAGGUUGGCAGAAGUGACAUCAUAGAGCAGAGGAAAGUUAGUACAACAAAUAUGUAAGAUGUGCGAUAUGAAAAUAAAAUACAGCGUAAAUAAGAGAAACAUUGAGGAAAGUCAAAUGCUAAAUUAGCUUAACAGCUGGAAAAAAUUAUAUAAAUCGCAAUGUAUUGUCUCGCAGUACUUGCUGUAUUGCAAAAUAUUAAAAAUCGUGAUUAUAUUGUAUCACGUCCCAAGUACCGUGAUAAUAUCGUAACGUGGCCCAGGUAUUGCAAUAAUAUUGUAUCACGUCCCAAAUAUUGCGAUAAUAUCGUAUCGUGGCCCAAGUAUCAUGUUAUUUUGUAUCAUGGCACAAGUAUUGUGAUCAUAUCCUAUCGUGGGGCCACUGGUGAUUCUCAGCCCUUUUCAUAUUUAUGGUUUACAAUUGAAACAUUUGGGGUUCAAAGUGCUGGUGGGCCAAAGCAAGAUGUACUUUUACCUCAAGGCUGGUAGACUGGGGCGCUCACAGGCUCAGCCCAGAGGCAAAGUCUUCGGUGGGCCAGAGGUUCAACACAUGCCCUUGGCCCUUCAGUGCAUGUCUACCCCAAUUUCUUCUUUUCAUUUCAGCUGUAUCUUUAAAUCUCCUUCUUGAAAUCUUAAGAGGGUCAUUUGUAUCAGGCAUAGAAGGACAGGUUAGCUUCCAGAGGCUGAGGAAUAUAAUUGUUAAUUGCAACACCAAUACAGAGUUACUCUGUGUUAACUCUAAUGAAUGUUUGUAUCACUGAGAGGAAGAUUAAAAGUGUAAUAAUUAUAUAUAUAUAUGAAGGACCCAUAUAAAUUUGAUUAAGAGGUGGUUUUGUUUAAAUUGGAGAGAAAAAAAGUUUAGGGUCUUGCAACUUUUAGUGACUCCUGUGAGGAUGUGGGUGUCAGACCAGAAGAUUAUUAGCACGCUGAAGAAAAAAAAAGUACUUUCACAAAUAUUUACAGCAGGUGAUAUGUUUGGCUGUUACAAGAAAGCAGGAGGAGACUUACAAAUGUACGAGACAAAAUUAGCAAAAAGAUAAAACACAUCAUUCUGUUGUUCCCUUAUUUGUUUUGCUGCUGGUGUAGGUCUUUUCCUGUAAGAAUGUUCUCCUGUCAUUCUUUUGUAAGUGCAAAAUUCAUAAUCAAAUUGAAAUCUGCAUAGAAUCAAGUUGUAUAGAAUAGUCCAAACCAGAGCGUCUGACUAUCUGCAGCUGUUCUAUCAUAAAAUGCUUCAUUUAUUCCCAUCAAAGCAAAGAGUUUCUCUUUGUUGUGCUCACAGGAAGUGCUUUGAUUAACACCACAUGUAGAAAAAGAAAAGUAUUGUGUGGUGUGCAGCUCUUUGUUUGAUGUAUUUCUUCUGAAACAGCCUUUAUUUUUCUGUCUUAUUGUUAAACUUGAUUUGAGGCUUACUCAGCCCAAUAAAUGAAUUUCGUGGUACUGAAUCCUUUAGAAGAGUUAAUAAUAAGUGUUUUUUUUUUUUGGUGCUCCUCGGGGUGUAGGUUAUAUCCGUUUCAAAGAUGGCUUCCAGGAAAGUUUUCCUGUGAAAGAUUACCUGGAUCUGUUUGACUUGGCAGCCCAAAAAAUCCAAGAAGUAAUCAGUGGAAAUUCAUCUGGAGACCACAGAGCUCCCCAGUUCAUAACAGGUGAGCAUAUGUGAAAGUGUUUGUGUGAUUUGGGUGGGUAUGAUUUGGUAUUGUUGGCGUCCAUUGUGCAUUAGAUGGAAGAAUCUCUCACACUCUGGUCUAUGCGCUCUAUGUUUUUCCUGAGAUCCUUUGAACAGCUGAACAAAUGGAUCCUGACCAUGAUUCAAAUACCUGCUCCCUUUGGUCUCUUUUUCCUUCAUUGUUAUUCAGUCAGUCAAGUAGCUCUGACCUCAGGAGCACUACUGUGCCAUUAAAAAGUCAACAUAGAACCUGAAAUGCCUCAGGGUGCCUUUUUGUUCACUCUCUGUGCAUAUGAGGUUAUAAAAGUUGACCCAGACUCUGCUCUUCUAGGCCUUGCCCAAAGAGACAGGAAACCCGGAGUAAACCUCGGAUUAAAGAAAUUCCAUUUUCAGGGUGAAGCAGAAUCAGAGUUAAGGGACUUUGUCAUCUUGAUUGUGAAAAGUAAGAUGUAGCAUACUUUGCUUUGGCUGUGGAAGGAAAACAAACGUGUAUUAUAUUCACUUCUGUGAAUCUCCAACAUAGCCACUUAACAGUCACUUUUUUUUUCUCACUUGGCAUAAUGUAUUAUGUUAAAAAGGUGCUGCAUAUUCUGGCCAAAAGCCAUGUUCAACCUAACCUCAUUAUUCCUGACAGUGCUUGACUCACUUCAUUAGCAUUGUUACCCAGGGUGUUGCUAAGUUUCUGAAUAUCUUGACAGGUGAAGCCAGUGCAUCAACCAUGUGGGACAACCAAGCCUGGAGCUAUCUUGACAGAGAGAGGGAGGAGGCAGAGCCCCCAUUUCUGGCCCAGGACUUCAUCCACACAGUUCAGCCUGGUGCUAAAAUAAUCAUCAUGCUCAGAGAUCCAGUAGAGAGGUACUGUGGUGAGCAGUGAUUCUCUUCCAGGGGCAGAUUUUAAAGUUGAUAGAGGGUAGAUGAAAUUAUUUGCUGAAACUAUGACUAGAUUAUUGUAUACAAUAAUUAUAUUAACAAAAUACAACGAAUAGAUUGGUUGAAUAAAGAGAACUCAAUACAUUAAAAUCAAUGAGAAAAAACAACUCAGUGUGCGUGAAGCCUAACCGUUUUAGUUACUUCCAUUUGAAAAACAUCGAAUUAUUUUUAAGUCUAGUAAUUUGUUCUUUUUUUAGUCAGAGCUGACUGCAGGUCUCUGUGUUUCCAGGCUUUACUCGGACUACCUUUACUUCAAGACGGCCAACAAGUCUGCAGAGGUCUUCCAUCAGAAGGUCAUAGACUCUGUGCAGCUGUUUCGCACCUGCCUGUCUGAGAGGUCACUUCGAUCCUGCGUAUACAACACCAGCCUCUCCAACUCUAUGCCGGUUAGCUCACAUUAUCUUUUCUGCCUGUCCUCAAAGGGAAGUUAAAGUCAAACGAUCAGUUAGGCAGCACUGUUGUUCUUAUUAUCAGCUUAACUGUGAUCAGUCAUAGAGUCCUGAGGAUAAUCACACCCCUGAUAUUCAGUACAACAGCUCGACCUUGAGUGAUGUUGCAUUUAUAUGCAUUUAUUGAACUGUUCAUCAAGCGGCAUAAAAGAGCAAAACAUUAUUUAGAAACAACAGAUGACAAAUGAAUUGUCUCUGAUAAUUCAUCUUGCUCAAACACCACAAGCAGCUCAGCAGCUUGACUGAACAGAUUUCCAGACUAACCAAACAUUUUCCUGCGCACUUGCUGCUUUGUGUAUUUACACGUUACAGCUGACUGCAUAUUCUGUACUAUGUAGAUACAGUAUAUCUGCAUGUCUCAAUUUUUGUGCCACCAGUUGGUAAUUGCUUUGAUUGGGUGUAAGAAUAAGCUUGGUCAAUCUCGAUGAAGAAAUUCUGCUAUGUACCCUGUAUCAGCACUCACAGUUUGCCUCAUAUCUCUUAUCAAAACACUUUUAAAAAAUGUUUUCUGAGGUCUAUGAAAAAAACUAUCAGCUCCUAAGCUUCCUUCAGACCCCUCAGAUGAAAUGUCCUGUACUCUGAAGCAGCACAAGGCUAAAAUUUGAGCUCUGUGUGAUUUCACUCCUUAUCACAACAUGUAGGCCACAGCACUGUUAUCCUGUGAGAUCUACUAUAUCAAAGUUGAUCAAUCAAAAUAAGAAUAUCAAAUAAAACACAUUUCUAGAUUGUUUGUGUCUUAUCAAUAUUUUUUGUUUUGUUUGGAUGAGAUUUAAGACAUUUUAAAAAUGUUCACUUUGUGUGGGUUAAGGUUAGUGGCUAAGUUUGUGCAAAUGGCUUUGGGCUAUGCUGCCCCCUUGAGGACUCAAAAUGUCAGUGCAGCUGGAUAACAAUGUACACUUUUGAUUUCAUUGCUGCCAAAACAGAGGUUAACUUGUGUUUCUCCCCUAUAGGUUAGGCUCAAUUUGGGGUUGUACAUCAUCUUCUUGCUGGACUGGCUGACUGUUUUCCAAAGAGAGCAGAUUCUUGUUUUACGACUCGAGGACUACGCGGCAAACCUCAAAGGGACAAUCAAGAAAGUUUUUGAUUUCCUGAGUGUCAGUAUGUAUCUGAUAAGCUCAUCUCUUACAUAAAAAAAUCAGAAUCAUCAUUCUGGCUGUGUAUUGUCAGUCGUCAAGUCUGUAGUGACGCUAAUAUCAACCUUCCAACCUCCCUGUAGGUCCUCUGUCAGAACAGGCAGAGUCAGCACUGUCCAAACGGCCCAUGUCUAACACCAGGCGGGCGGCAGACAGAAACCUGGGCCCGAUGCUUCCAGUCACUCGAGACUUCCUCAGGGAAUUUCACCAGCCCUUUAAUCAAAAACUGGCCAGUGUGCUGGACAACAAGGCCUUUCUCUGGAGUACCACCUGAUAGGACAUGGACUAAAUGGAUUUGAAUAAAGCACCAGAGCAAGAACCUACAGAAGAAUGCCUACUGAUAUGAACUUAUUUAAGAGGGAGAACUCAUACAGAGAUGUAAGUUAUUGGUGGAAACACGAAGCUGGGUUUGUUUGUGAUAUUUAUUUGCUUUCAAAAUGAUGAAAAUAAAAUAUACUGAGUUUGUGUUUCAAUUUGAUCCUUCUGCUUAAUUGAGAAGCAAUUUCAAAGCUGACUACUGAGGCUGGAAUAAA